CUUCCAACCUGCAGGAGUAGUUUAGGCUGGACAAGUUAUUUCCCUUUAGAGGUGUUCUAAAACUGAACUGUAUUCUUAAUUCGCCAACUCUCAUGCUUAACACUGCAACCAAUUCCUUCUUGUGGAUCGAGGAAUGGAGGAACGAAAGGCGCCUCAGCCAACAACUAUGCAACCCUGUAUCAUAGUACACGGUGGGGCUUGGGCCAUACCAGACGACUGGAAGGAGUCAUCUGUGAGUGGGGUUAAGAAUGCAGCACAAAAAGGGUACGAGUCCUUAAUAAAGGGUGGAACUGCUGUAGACGCAGUUGAGGCAGCUGUCCGUGUUCUGGAAGAUGAUCCAACUUUUGAUGCUGGUCAUGGUUCAGUUCUAACAGAGGAGUUGACUGUUGAAGUUGAUGCUCUGAUCAUGGAUGGGCAGACGUUAGAAUCAGGUGCUGUUGCAGCAGUAACAGGUAUAGCAAAUCCUGUGUCUUUAGCUCGUCAUGUGAUGGAAAACACUCCUCAUUCUCUAUUGGUUGGCAAUGGUGCUUUGAAGUAUGCAAAGAAAAUAGAUUUUCCAAUUUUAUCUGACCCUCUUGCACUUAUCAGUGAAGAAUCAAGACUACAAUUGGAAGGAAACAAAAAUUUCAAUGAAGCUGUUUUGAGUGGUUAUAAUACAACGGCAUGUAAUACUGCUACUGUUGCUAAUCCUGGACAUGAUACUGUUGGUGCAGUUGCUUUGGACUCAUCUGGUCGGCUAGCGUGUGCAACUUCUACAGGUGGAAUUUCCCUCAAGAUGCCUGGACGUGUUGGUGACAGUCCACUGAUUGGCUGUGGAGGUUAUGCAAACAAGGAGGGUGCAGUAUCAACAACAGGACAUGGAGAAUCCAUUAUGAAAAUUUUGCUGGCAAGAGAAGUGGUGUGUAACAUGGAAGGAGGUUACCCCCCUGACUUUGCUUGCACUAAAGCACUUGGGAAGAUGUUUGAACGAGUAGGUGGUCAGGGGGGAGCAAUAGCAAUCAAUAAACAUGGCAAG